AUGUUGUUAUUUUGUCCAGAGUGUGGCGCAUGUUUACAGAUUGAAGAAGGUUCAAACUGCUAUCAGUUCAAUUGCCAUAACUGUCCUUAUGUACAACCGAUCACAAAACUUAUAAGAAGUCGAUAUUACCCGAAACUAAAAGAUUUGGAUGAAGUACUUGGUGGUCCUGGCGCUUGGGAAAAUGCUCAAAUUACAGACGAACGGUGUCCACGUUGUGCGGGAGAAAGAGCAUAUUUUAUGCAACUUCAGACACGUAGUGCUGAUGAACCAAUGACUGUUUUCUAUCGUUGUGCGAAUACAGAGUGUGCUCAUCGGUGGAAAGAAUGA